UUGAGGAGGGAAAUAUUGAUGCAGCGUACGCCUACUGAUAGUGGAUUCAGUGAGAAUCUGAUUUUUAAUGGUUUCAGUCUUUCUCAAGAUAAAGUAACAUCCGAAUGAAAGUCACGCAAGAAGGAGAAGAAGCGUACGAAUCUCUGUAGGAUUUCGGUGCCAUACAGUAUCUGGGGCUUUUUCUCUAGCCUCACCCUCAGCUUUCUGGGACCCCCCUACUUUGUCAUUGGCCCAGCCUCCCUUCAGCCAUGGCUCCCUCUCUGGCAACAGCCUUCUCCCGGCGGUGGUGGAUGGCGGUCACAGCAGUAAUCGAGAAUCUGCUGUUUUCCGCUGUGCUGCUGGGCUGGGGCUCCCUGCUCAUCAUGCUCAAGUCCGAAGGUUUCUACUCCUACCUCUGCCAGGAACACGCGAAUGGCUCAGUGCUGAACCACACACAGCCCAUACAGGGGGAUCAGGACAGGCUGGCCCCAGGGACCCCUGCGGUGGAGGCGCACCUGCAGAUGAAUGGCUGGCCCAUCUGCAAGGAUCAGGAUGAAAUGCUGAACCUGGCCUUCACUGUGGGCUCCUUCCUGCUGAGUGCCAUCACCCUGCCACUGGGCAUCGUCAUGGACAAGUAUGGGCCGCGCAAGCUGAGGCUGCUGGGCAGUGCCAGCUUUGCCUUCUCCUGCCUGCUGAUUGCCUAUGGAGCCAGCAACCCCAACAAUCUGUCAGUCCUGAUUUUCAUCGCCCUUGCACUGAAUGGAUUUGGAGGAAUGUGUAUGACCUUCACAUCUCUGACGCUGCCAAACAUGUUUGGAGACCUUCGGUCCACGUUCAUCGCGCUGAUGAUCGGGUCCUACGCCUCCUCCGCUGUCACCUUCCCUGGGAUUAAGGUGGUCUAUGACCUGGGCAUCACCUUCAUCACCAUCCUGCUGGUGUGGGCUGGCUGUGCCGGCCUUGUCUUCAUCAACUGCUUCUUCAACUGGCCGCUGGAACCCUUCCCCGGGCCAGAAGACAUGGACUACACAGUGAAGAUAAAGUUCAGCUGGCUGGGCUUUGACCACAAGAUUACAGGGAAGCAGUUCUACCGGCAGGUGACCACCGUGGGGCGCCGUCUGAGCGUGGGCAACUCCAUGAAACAGAGCCCCAAAGAGCUGGCAGCACAGGAGGGCAACAAGCUCUGCCUCUCCACCGUCGACCUGGAGGUCCAGUGCAAGCCUCAGGAGGAAUCUCAGUCCUUCAUGCGCAGCAUCUUCAGUCCCAUCUUCAUGCUCAGCUUGAUCACCAUGUGCGUCACCCAGCUGCGGCUCAUCUUCUACAUGGGAGCCAUGAACAACAUCCUGGAGUCCCUGACCGCCGGAGACCUCGACACAGCUGGGAAGAUGGAAGUGGUGAGUUUGUACACCUCCAUCUUUGGCGUGCUGCAGCUCCUCUGCCUGAUCACCUCCCCUGUCAUUGGCUACAUCAUGGACUGGAAGCUCAAGGAGUGUGACGACGGGGAGCCGGACGGGAAGGAGGCGGCCAAGGACCCGACGCAGCCAAAGCGACGCAGCAGACAGAUCCAGAAGAUCACCAAUGCCACGCGGGCCUUCAUCUUCACCAACCUGCUGCUGGUCGGCUUCGGGGUCACGUGUCUGGUGCCCAACCUCCCCCUUCAGAUUCUGUCCUUCGUCCUGCACACCAUUGUGAGAGGGUUCAUCCACUCUGCUACGGGCGGACUGUACGCCGCAGUGUACCCGUCCUCUCAGUUCGGCAGUCUGACAGGGUUGCAGUCCCUCAUCAGCGCGCUGUUCGCCCUGCUGCAGCAGCCGCUGUUCAUGGCCAUGAUGGGACCCCUCAAUGGAGACCCACUCUGGGUGAACGUGGGCCUGCUGGGGCUGAGCAUGCUGGGAUUCUGUCUGCCCCUCUACUUGCUCUGCUACAGCAGGGAGCUCCGCCGCAAGAAGCAGGAGCAGGAGGAGGACGCCAAAAUCUACGUCAAGAUCCACGGCAGCAGCAAGAACGAGGCCUUUGUGUAGAGAGGAGAGCGAAGAGCGGCAGGAAAAGGGGGAGGAAGGGAGGGGGAAGACUUGAAGUCACAAGUAUGACCCUGUGAUGAUCACCCCUCCCUGGCCCCUCCCGCCACGCCACCCCUCCCCAGUAUUUGCACACAGAAACCACACUCACACACUGUUCAAGUCACAGACAUUCCCAAACACUGAGUCUCAAUCACGCACUCGUCAUGUGCCGCUGCACUCCGCCACCUCUCACAGAGACCUGCAGCCGACACAGUUCAGAUGAGGAUGAAUGCGAACACUUCAUCACAGUCGUGGAUGCAACUGUACAUAUAUGCACUGUACUGACACACUGUGAAAGACGUACAGUUCUCACACAUGUAAGGUCACAUUUCCUCAGCACAACACUCACUGAUCUGCCAUUCUGUGGCACUCUGUAGAACCUGUGUCUCUCUUGCUUGUAAAGACAACACCUGGACGACAAAUGAGGACUUGAAGGAGGGAGAGAGAGUCAAAGAAUAAGUUGGAGGGGGUGACUGGUGACAAGUUCCCUUCUGACCUGUGAAAUGCUCUCUCAUCCUUCUUUAAAAAAAGCGAUGACAUGUCCUAUUUCGCCUGAUGCACAGAGCAGGAGUGUCUUUAUGUCCUGAAAGUGACACAAAGAGCUCAUAAUUAAAAGCAAAUUUUGGAGAUGGAGACUUUUACCACUGGAAAUGACAAAAAACAAACAAUAUGAUUUUCCUUUCAGAAAAAAAAACUCUUUGGUUCUGGUGUUAUUGACCAGUGUGAUGCCAGUAUUCAUAACUGCAGUGACCGAAUCUGCCAAGCGGGGCGCUCCUUGUGCAGACAUACUGACAACCUGCUCAUGUUUGGUGCAAUGCAAAUUCAGGGUGGACAGCACUGUUGGAGGUUCCUUUCCUGUGAAAUUUACUUCCUAAUUUCUUGUGGUUGCAAGAGCUCAAUGCUUUUUUUUUUUCUGAAUCGUUCACCGCGCAUUAGACAGUUUCCAGAGGCUGGAAGAACCAAAGAAGCUGUACUGGCGUUUUGCUUCCCAAAAUGGUGCUAAGUAAUUGUGAAAAAAAAAACUCCAAUAAUUGUGGCUUUCUGAUGUUGGAAGAAAUAAACCACUUAGCUGUUUUCCUCAAGCUGUUGUCCUCCAGGAACAGCAAUACAGUGUUUCCAUCUGUGUGUUAAAAAUAAUGGUGGAGCACCGUGAACGCCGAUCAGCUCCCAUGAUAACAACGGUGCGUGCACUAACAAAGGCAUUGACUCUUACAGCUACAGGAAAAAUACUGCAGGACAGGGAAGAGAGGGAUGCGGGGGGGGGGG